AUGAGGAUAUUGGAUCAAGUUUUGAUUUUGAUUGCGGUGCCGGUGAUUUUUGCACAGCAACAACAAACUGGCCCACAUAUUGUCAACUCACCCACUGCUCUUUUCCAGGUUAGAAAUGAAAAGGGUCAGGAAUUUUUGGAUUCCGAUUGUUUGAUUGGAAAUAUGGAAAAUUGUCUGAUCUUUGUUCUAUUCUAUGAAAUAGGUUUGCAUUUUGAAGUCAAAAAAUACAGUAAUCUAUGAAGUUGAGUACACUUUUUCGAAAUACCACCUAAAUCAUUUCAAUUAAAAAAUUAGUUAUGCCUUAAAGUUCAAAACUUUUGAAACGGUUUUGUUCGUUGCAGAACAUCGAAAAUCGAAAAUUCUUCUGACUCAAUUUUUUUCGGAUUUUUGAAACGACCUUUAAGCUUUAGUUGUAAAAAUUUGCAUUUUUUUAAUGAAAAAAAAUAAUCUGGAAACAAAACGUACAAGUUUUCAGUGUCACAAAACUUUUAAGUUGGGAAAAGAAACUUUCCGGAAGCCCAAAACCCGUUCAAUUUUCAAAGAUCAAUAAAACAAGGAACAAAAAUCGCCAACAAGAUUCCUCCAAAGCAUCCGUACAAAAAUUAGAGCCAAUUAAAACAACUUUCCUAUAUAUUUCUUGUUAUCCAUUCAUCCAAAAGUGUGUCCGAAAAAACUUCCGCUAUUUCUUGAUUGUGAACAAACAGAAAAAAAAACCAAAAACUUUUCUCAUGCAUGCGCAAAAUGUUGUUCUUGUUUACAGGCUCGAGCUACCGGAUCAGCUCAACUCGAUCCCUGUCAAUAUAUGCUCACUUUGUUAAAUGGUCAGUAAAAUUUCGGAUACAUUUCCCAUGUGUAUCUAUUUUUUGUAGAAACUAGCCAUGAUUUGAUGCAACAUGAGACAAACACAUUGGAGCAAUGUUUAUAUUACUUUUUGGCGGGAGAAAGUGCAAAAAAAUUGGCAAAGUGAGAAACAACAUGUUUUUUUUUGAUAAGAUAACAAUUUGGUUUACAAAGUUUGGAUAUAUAUAUUUCAGAUUAAACAUCCCUCAUCCUAUCGCAACAAUUCCACCAAAUUAUUUGUCCCAACAACCAGUGACAGUCAAUUUUGCACAAUUCACACUUCAACAUUUUGAGCUGGUAGAUCAAGAAAAUAUGUACAUUACAAAUAUUCAAUAACCUGUUUUUUUAGAACGAACACUUGAAAGAUAUCUCAAUUCACGGAUACCUCGAAUUAAAUUGGCAUGAUGAUCGUCUUCUUUGGGAUGAGAACACGUGGAAAAAGAACAAAUUGACAAUUCAUAGUUUCCAUCAUGUUUGGGUUCCUGUUCUUGGAUCACAAAAGUAUGUUUGACCUCAACUUUUCAUACGGAAAAGAAAAAAACACCCGAAAUUUAUGACGCUAACCGAAAUGAAAUGAAUUCAUAAAUAUUCGGGUCAAACUUAUGUUUUUUUUUGCGUUUCGGUUAGUUUUUCAAAAAAAAAGUAUAUGACAAUGAGAGAUUUUGAAUCAAGGAUGGGAAAUCAAUCAGGAAAGAUUCGAAAAAAAAAAAGUUAUUGGGGUUUGAAAAUUAUUUUUUUUAGUAUUGAUUCAUUUUCAAUCCGCUUCAGCAACUCAUGUGUAUUUUUUCAGCCCUGAGAAUCAUUUGAAAAAUGGAGAUGCUUUUGAAGUUAGAAAAGUUGAAACAACAAAUCAAGGAAACGUCACCGCAAAAGUUGCAUUCUCCUUGAGAACUUUCUGCGAUGACACAGAUUUCGAAAACUAUCCAAACGAUGUUUACAAAUGCUGUUUUGCUUUUGAACCACAACAAGAUCGUGAAGUUAUUCAAUUUACCUCAUCUGGUUUGCCAAUAUUCACAGAUCCUAAAAACUUCCGUGAUUAUGGCUGGGGUGUUUCCGGAACUGUUCCAGAAAGUUUUGAUGACCCAUCUGAAGUUGCACAGGUAUAUUUUGUUGUUUCCCAAAAACAACAACAACAACAAAAAAACAAUAUAUUAUUUAUUAUUUUCACACCCCUCUUCUUAUCCUUUCCCUUUUUAGCAUAUUCAUCCACAUCACUUGUGGUGUACUGGUUAGCACAUCUGCUUACCAGAAAAAGGGGAUGGGUUCAAUCCCCACUAAAUGUGUAUGACGAAAGAUAUCCUUGCUCUGCGAGUGUUCUUGUGGCACAUUGGAUUCUUUCAAGAGCUAUGGUAUACGGGUUACUGUAGCGACUUGUUAGAAGACAAUGGGCGGAAUCAGGAAUACGGUGAACAGCGAUGGCCUCUGAAGCAUUAUCGCAACCCAAAAACCCCGUCUCCUCUAUCCCUAUAAUCAAUUAUUUUUCAGCUCGGUUUCUGUCUCAACCUCAAACGUGCUCACUCAUCCCUCAAAAUUGAGCUCACAAUUCCACUCUUCAUCUCAACAGUAAUCUUCUUAUUGCCACCACUUUUCGGAAGUGUCAAGAUUCAAAUUUUCUUGAAAAUGUUUGUUAUGCUUUUGCAAUUUUUGACACUUUUGAUGUUCUCAACAAGAAUCGCACCAUUCCUCUCGAGCACAUCAAGCACACCAAGACCAAGUGAGUUUUUAUUUUAAAAAAUUUUGUGCGAACGAUGAUUUUUCCAGUGAGAUUCUUGGAAAUUGCAUUGGUUAUCAAUUUGACUUCUAUCACAGUGUCAAUUUUCAUUUUCACCUGUAUGAAAGUUAAGAGAACUCUUCCACCAUGGGGAAAAGCUACACAGUUAGUUUAUAGAAAAUUUUCAGAAAAAAUAUUCUUGAAUGACAUCAAAAGUAAAAAAAAAAACAUCAGAACUGUUUCAAGUGCUCAAACUAUUUUUCAAUUUAAAGUUAUUUCAGAGCUGCAAACAUUGUCAACAGUUUGAUGGGAAUUUUGAACAUUUCAUCAGUUGAAGAAGAAUACAAUUUGGAUAAAUUAGAAGAGCAAGAAAGCACAAGCACAUAUCACAAAGAUUGGGUAAAUGUGUUCCGCGCAGCUCAUGCCGUCAUAAUGGCCAUUCUUAGUUUGCUUAUGAUUUUCACAUAUAUUGUAUUAUGUUUCUAA